GUCUGUAUAAUCUUAGGUCACCUGAUCAUUUUGUGGUUUGAUGACAUCACAAUGGUCCUCUUAUACCAGCUGACCAUUAUGACAUCACAAUGAUUCCCUGACACAAGCAGAUAUAAUCACUGCUCACAGCAGGCGACUGACAGAGCGGUAAUUACUUGGCAUCAUGAAGUCAGUAUUUAUCACUCUCCUGAUUUUAUCAAAUUUAUUUAUGAAACAAUUUUUUAAUCUCAAUGACAAAGAUCAACUGAUAAAUAUACAACUUGAAGACUGGAUUUCUAAUGAUGAGACAGUAGAAGAUGAAGAUAACUUUCCAGUACAAGAAGAUAACCUUUUAGUACAAACUGAUCUCUUGAGGACAAAACUCUCUUCUUUAUGUGAAAGUUUUAAAAAAGUGGAAGUUAAAGUAUCUGAACUGCAGGAAGAUAUAGAUCAGUAUUCUGAUACAGUGGACACUUUAAUUAAGACAGAAGAAGAUGCACAAAAUGAAAAGGACACUACAGGAACAUUCCAUACCUUUACAUUACACCUAAAAAAGACAGACACCUAUAUAAUCGCUAUAUCCGUGUUCCUUGAUCUUGGCAUAUUAGCUUACAUCUUGUACAGAAACAGAAAGGCUACAGUACUACAGAAAAGGAAAGAGGAACAAGCUAUAGCAAGAAUAAUGUUCUUACCAAAGAAACACAUAGUGAUCCAGAAUGAAAGUAAAGAAUGUAAGGACUGUGAAGGUACACACAAUAUUCCCACAACAGAAAAUCCACUUUGUGGCAAUACUGAUGAAAUUCUACAUUCGAGUCCAGAAACACAGACCACAGUUUCAUUAGAGGCACCUAAAUCUGAUGAUUUCAGCUCUAGUGAGAGUUCAACACAGACACAGAUUCCAGAAAAGGAUGUUAAAGUCCAACUCAAAAUGAAAUUUACAUUGCGUAAAUUGCGCAGAGCUAUUGUUCGGUGUUGUACCAAAGAAAAGAAAAAAGUUAUGAAGUAAAGUAGAAGAUAAGGAUACAAAAAUAAGACAGCAAAUCAAAUUGAAGCUUUAAAGAAAUUGCAUUCAGGAUUUAGUGCAAAUAAUAACUUGCAUUGUAUGAUGGCUAGAGGCAGGGUUGACAGACAAGAACCCUUUCAGGGGCCCAGUGAAAGCAGUGGACCUGGACAGCAGAGAAGGGGCUUCUGAAAAAGGGGUGGGGUUUUGCAGAUCAGAGGAGGACUGGGCAGAUUGAAAGCAGGGCCAGGUGGCCAUCCAUUAAUAUUUAUAUUGUUGUAUUUUUGUAUUGUUUAAUAGUUUAAUAAACAGUCAGACUAUA